AUGGGGUACGCUCGAGCGCCAAGCACGGAAGCGACGACGUGCUCAACGAUUAUCAUGACGACUAUCAUCCCGCCGCAGCAUGCGGGGCUUGGUGGCCUCCGCAUAACACCAACACUAAAGCGCAACGGACUGGCGACCGCCACGUUCAAGAUGAAAAGCACGUGUGCGCUGUAA